AUGUUAUCUGAUUGGUCGCAAGCAAGUAUUACAACACCAUUUGCUACUGUAACUGAUAUAACUUCCGAAAUGGAAUUACAUGCAUAUCAAUGGUCUGUAAAAGUUAAUCAACUUGAUAUAUUGUUUUCUUUUAAUAAUUUCUACAUAGUUCCUUCUUCAAAAAGCGUUAUGCCAACAUCAACAUGGUUAGAUCUUUACAAAUCAAGUCAAUGA